GAAUAAAGUAAUAUUUUUGGGUGUGUAGUUGUUUUUACUCGUUUUAUCUCUCCUUUUCUCCCUGCUUCUCAGUUUCUCAAACUUGUUUGCAAUUGCAUUCCAUUCCAUGCGCACCAACCCUGCUUGCAGCUUCCCAUCUCUUUCAUCUUCCGUCGGGUCACUUCUUUUUUUCUCUGAUCGAGCUACGACGAAGAGUUUGCCUUUAGGAGCAUAGUUUUUGAGAGAAGACAACAUUGAGAGAUAUGCAGAAUGAUAACAAAAAGAUGGUGCCAACCUCUGUUGGAAGCUCUUCCUUCUUAAAGGAUAAGGAUCCUGGCACCGGCACUGAUUCUAACAAAGCUUCUGGCACCAAGCGACCCUCAUCAGACUCCCCGGUAAACCACCAUCUCCAACAAUCUCCAGGAAAUAAUGCUGCAAAUGGACAUCUUGUGUACGUCCGUAGAAAAUCGGAAGGAGAAAUGAGCAAAAGUACUGGUUUUGAAAAUACAAGUAUUAAUAGUUGUUGCCCACAUUCAAGGCAACUUUAUUGCGACGAGGAGAUUCCUACACCCAAACCUCAGUUAAAGGAGCCAAAGGUUUCUUGUUUCCCAGCAUUUGCACCUUUUCCUAUGGCAUCUUCGCUAACCUCAUCAGGAAAGCCUUCGAUUCCUAUUUCGCUUGGGAAAUCUGCCGUGAUGUUAGCACCAGUUGAGUCUAAUUAUAUGGCGGCAGCUUCUUCUGGACCUAAAAAUGUGAACUGGGAGGAGCGGUAUCAACAAUUGCAGAUGCUUUUAAGGAAAGUGGACCAAUCAGACCAAGCAGAAUAUGUCCAGAUGCUUCAAUCGCUGUCUUCGGUUGAACUUAGCAGACAUGCCGUUGAGUUAGAGAAAAGAUCGAUUCAGCUUUCGCUAGAGGAAGCGAAAGAAUUACAACGUGUUGCCGUUUUAAAUGUGUUGGGAAAAUCAGUGAAGAAUUUCAAAGCACCGGCGGAUCAUGACUAGUGUUCGGACAAGUUGAAGUCAUCGGCAUGAACUAUCCGCCCUUUCUGCUGCCAUGAAUUUCCUCAGGCAAUGGAAACUUUCAGAUUGUUUACUGUGUGUAACCCUCUUUAUGUUGAUUGUUUAUAAUCUCCUUGCAUCUCUUUGGUAUUGUUAUGAAAAAAAAGGGGGAUUGAUGGCCUCUUGUGCUGUUUGUACAGUUUUGCUAACAACAAAAAUCUUAACAUUUAUGACAGUUGGUAAUAAUCAAUAGCUAAUGAUAGACAGUUUUGUAAAAUUAAUACGAUUAUUGAUUUAUUUA